AUGCUUAGAGCAUUCAGCCGCUUCGGUGUAAAUGAAACUGGCAUCGCUCCGUACGAGCGAGCACCUAAUCUGGACUUGAUCAUGCAGAAUACCAACUCACUAUCCACCUGUCUAUUCGAAUUUGUUUCAAAGAAAUUUGCUGUGUUUCUAGAAAGUGACGAUCUUCCGCUCUUAUUCACCAAUGCAACCUAUCCGGAAGAAUCACUCCACUGGCAAACCAGUCCAGCCGCACAAGCCGAUCUGAUCAGACAUUUUCAACGGUUCUCCGCUGAACACACUAUCCGAGCGGUUAUGGUGAGAAACAUACUGGAUCAUAUUGAAGCUCGUUUUCCCAUGCAACCAAUGCCCUGCCAUCAACUCGAUCGGAUCGUCCCCGAGUGUCGUUGGCGCGGGAAUGAUGAGGGAAAGGGAACUCACAAGCCAAUCGCAAAACGCCCGGUCGAGCUAACGAUUGAGGAAAAGCAGGAUCGUGCGAAACGAAAAAAGUGUGAUCUCCGAACUGGUGACAAUUCGAUUGCUUCUGAUCAAUCGGUUACGGAAACAGCAAUUAACAAUUAG